AUGCUGAUGGGACAAUUGACCGAGCCCGGCUUGAAUUCUCCACAAGAUGAAAGUCCAGAGAACAAUCAAAUCGGCAACUUGGAGUAUCUCCUAUCGACAAGGAUGCCUGGCCCGGUGACUCGAACAGCGAACAUCAACCAUCUGAUGGAUCCAACAAGUUUGGGAGUGCAUCUUUACAAAGACCCUACAGCUCCGGAUCAAAAUCGAGGCCUACCCUCACAUCACCGAAUGGGCACCGUCACUCCCAUCCUUUUCGCCGACUGUGAAGGCUUUCAGGGCUCAAUCAGCACCACGAAUUCUGAACGAGACCGGCCAGUGGGCGCUAACUCAAACCUGGAAGAACUGAACCCAAACCUGAUUCUCGAUGAACCAAUCAUCUCCCCAGAAUAUGGAAGCCAUGGUAAGGAUGGCGUUGAGCUAUUCUACGCUAGGUUUCUCUACGCCUUCAGCGAUGUGGUGGUCUUCGUAACUAAAAAGGAUCAGAUCUUCCAGAAGGAAAUGCAAAGAGUCCUGGAAUGGGCUGCAGCGGCGGUGGACAAGUCCAUCAACCAUCUGGCACAGAAAACCCUGAUCAUCGUGCGGCAGAUGCCCACCAAACAUGUACCCCAGUUCUACGAGAAUCAAUUUCUGAAGGAAUCAAUCUUUGACAGCCUCAAACCUCUAUGGCAUGGAUCCACAGCCCUGGCUGACUUCAUGAAGAGGUACAACAACAAACACCCCGUCAAGCAACGGACCAUCCACACAAACCCCGACUUCUUCAAAGUCUUCUUCCACGAAGUUCAUGCUUACUACAUUCCCGACAAAGAUAAAGCGCCUGUGGACCAAAUCUUCCUGCAAUACCGACGACUUAGAAAUGAGAUUGUUCGGGCAUCGAAGGCGGCACAAGCAAUUAGGGCGAAAUCAUGGACUCAAUAUAAUAUUCCCACUCUUUCUCACCUCCUCCGCCGUGCCUUUGAACAUUUCCGGGUUCUUGAUACACCAUUCGACUUCUUCACAGCUGCCAGGAAAGACAACCCUAAUCCGGUUUCCGUGUCAGAUCAUAUUGCGAAUUUUUUGCGACACACGCAGAUGCUAAAUUUCCGGGUAACUCAGAAGUUUCCCAAGUUGUUUCCCCUGAUGUUCCCCCAAAUUGUUUCGAUAUGUUUGGUGAGCUGUGCUAUAAGGACUUUCCAGCAAGCAUGGGAGCCCGAGGAAAUCUUCGAGAGAGAUUUGAGAUCAGAGUGCGAAAAGGGUAUCCAAAUAUACUGCGAUAGAACCGUCAAUGAGAUCCAGGAACAGUUCAUCCAAAUAUACCUGGAACUUUGCACCGAUGGCCAGAAAACGCAAAGCCAUCCUGAUUCUGCAACAAUACAGCAACGACGCGAGGAGGCAUUCGAGACCUUUGAGCCUCUCUGGAAGUUGACCUACAGCAACAAGACGUGCUUCACAUGCCUACAGUCUGUGCCAGAUCACGUCCUUUCAUGUGGUCAUAGCUACUGCCCAACAUGCGUGAAAGAGUUUGGGCAGCCAUCGAAAUACUAUGAGUAUGGAGUGGUAAUGGACCAUUGCAUCCUUUGCCGGACUGCAUGGCGGGAUGAACACAGCCAGCUAAUACGACUCAAACCAAGAUGUGCCGGUGUCAGAAUUCUCACCUUGGACGGUGGAGGAGUCCGUGGUAUCAUGGAACUCGCUAUUCUAGAGAAGCUAGAGGCUAGGAUUGGUCUGGAGGUACCCAUCCGGGAAUUUUUCGAUCUGAUCGUGGGAACUAGCACAGGUGGAAUUAUCUCCCUUGGCCUCGUCAUGACUGGGCUGAGCGCAGCGCAAAUGAAAGAAGUAUUCGCCAAAAUCACUAAAGAAACGUUCAGGCUUCGCAGAGAAGGGUUGGUCACAUUGAUUGAUCCCUUCCAGAUCACGUCAAAGGCAUUCAUGCUGCUCCGGAUCUACGAGAGUAUAUAUCGGACUGGUCCCUUGAAACAAGGGCUGAUAGAUCUAUUUGGAGAGAAUGUCAAUUUGUUCUCGUCUGCAAAGGUCCAACAACAUCAACGAGCGACCAGAGUCGCUGUGACCUCGACCAAGGACAACGGUGAAAAUCGCUGUCUGAUCGCAAAUUACAACAGACCAGAUUUAAGUAAUGGUGACGACUUCGAACGGGAAGAUGACGACGAAAAAGAGAUGAGAGUUUGGGAGGCUGGUCUGGCUACCGCCGCAGCUCCCUUUCAUUUCCGGCCGUUUGAAAAAGUACAAACCAUGAAGAACUACGUCGAUGGUGCUUUGAACGACAACCUUCCAAUCACCUACGCCCUCGAAGAAAUGGCACAUCUAUGGCCGAAUUCGGAUGUUCGCACUUCACUCGAUGCACUUGUGUCAAUUGGAACUGGAAUACAGAAGAAAGAGGUCAAUCUUCCCAAGAUCAUGGAGAUUGGUGGCUUUAAACAAAUGUGUGACUAUGUGGACCUGACCGAGUAUGGGAAGAUGAAAGACAUGGCAGACAUGGUCACAGAGCAAUGCAAAGAAGUCGACCACGGUGCAUCAGAGUUAUCGAAGAGCAUCACUAGGGUCGUGGAUACUCUGACUGCGAGCCUCUUCUUCUUCGAGCCCGAUCCUUCUAGCCUGGCAAAGCUGAAUUACGGUGACCCUACCCGCCGCGGGCGCCACGAGCUGAAGGGCGCAAUCCGCUGUCGCCUAGCCAAUAACAGCCAGGAGUUGAAAAAGCUUGUCAACUUGUUGAGCGGUGUCUGCCAGCGGGAGGUUCCCGAGACUACCCAGAACCCGGACGUCGUUGGCUGGACCGAAAUUAGCCUCACGAGCCAAUUCAGGAGUGGAAUCGGGCGGGGAGCUUGGUUCAAUUUGGAAUGCACCAUUUCGACCUCCAAUCCAGCCGACAUGCUGCAGGUCAUUGCCGUCGCCUGGAAACCUCCAAUGCAGGAGGGGUCAUACUACUUGCCCAAGCCGUUCCCAAUCAGUGGGUUUCCGGUCAGCUUCAACGACCUUCGCCGACAAGCGAUGUACAACUAA